CACUGCACGAUCCUCGCUAACAGUUAUUUGGCUGCUUAUCGGACUCUUGAGUUGUGUCUCACGGUGAACGAUUUCCAAACAGGAAGUUGUAUCGAUUGCGCAAAGAAAGGGCCAGUGAUAGUUUGUGACUAACGCACGGCCGUAGUUCAGUUCUGCGUGGUUCGUGUGGUACGUGAAAAGGAAAGGUCAUAACAUCAUCAUCAAAAAGCACAUUGAAUUGAAAUGCUGUAUAGACAAUUGAUUUGAAGUCGGCCGAGAUUACGCUACACGUUUAGGGGAUUUAGUUUUGCGCAUCGCGUACGAUUACCCGUCGCCCGUAGUUCAAGGCCGCUCUGUGUUCUGCACUGCAGCGAUAAUUAAUCGCGGACGCACGCUGUAAGCCGCUUUAGGACCCACAAACCAACCGCCAUUGCACGAUGCAGGUCUUAAGCAAGAUGAGCUCGGUGCCUGUCACCUGCAUAGAGUACGCACACCCGUGGACAAAUUCGUGCUCGGUGGCCACAGCGGAACUGAUGAUAGUCGGUUUGCAGUAUUGUUUGCGAAUUUACGCGGCAGUUUAUGCGUUUUCGCUUCUGAUGCGUGGCCGCAUACCGACGCCACCGGAACUGGUGAAAACAAUCCGCGGUUGGCUACAAUCGAGCGCAUUCCUCACGACCAAUGCCUUUAGCUACAUGAUGAUCACGUGUUUGGUGCGGCGAGCGUUCGGUUCGUUCAAUUUUUACACCGUCUCGUACGUUCCGGCAUUUUUUGCCGCCUUCGUUUCCAUCCUGGUCGAGCGUUCUUCGCGGCGUGCCCUGCUGGCGUUGUACGUCUCGAACGUGGCCACGGAAACGCUGUGGAACAUUCUGCAGUCCCGUGGUGUCGUGCGCUCCGUUCCCUACGGUGAGAUUGCCAUCUUUGGGCUCUCUACCUCGGUGCUGAUGUACUGCUAUCGACUGAACCGGCAGAAGGACUACCGUGACUCGAUGUUCGAUGUGGUGCGAUUUGCGAUCGGUGACAGUGAGGUUAUGAAGAGCGAACCGGCACCGGCAGUGGCACCGACGACCGACGAGCCAACGCAAUCUCGAGAUUGCGCUGGCUCGGCACGGUCGACAGGCAAGCGGGGCCACUCGUACCCGUUCAUCCAGGCCAUGCUCCGUGCCUAUCUUCAGCUGACGGGCCGACUGAAGCGUCUCGGGAAGCACAAACUCUGUCGCCAUCGGCACAGCUGCCUUUACGACACGCUCUCUAGUGGUGCACGUAUGUUUUCGAUGGGCCUCGGCAUACAGGUUGUGCUGAAGGUGGUGCUGCAGCUGCGUAAACUCAUCAACCGGCCCUCUCUGCUGCGCAAAACGUUCCUCAACAAGGAGAUCGUCCGGUUGGGCCUAUUCCUGGGUGGUUUUACUUCUAUUUAUAAGAUGUCUUCCUGUGCGUUGCGACACUUUACCAACAGUGAUAGCCCGCUGUACGCCUUACCGAGUGGGCUUUUAGCUAGCGCUGCCUUCGGAUUCUACGCGGACAACACCAUCGCCUUGUACAUUAUGUGGAAAACGUUGCAGAUAAUCUACAAUUGGGGCAUUGAGAAAGGCUAUCUUCCCCGGGUGCCCGGAUUCACGGUGUUACUGUACGCCGCCAGUACCGCUCUGCUGUUUCACGCGGCCACCAUCGAGCCGAAGAACCUGCGGCCAAGUUAUUGGAAGUUUCUGUACUCCAUCUCGGGCGGGAGAAUUUGCGUCAUGGACCGUUCCGGUUUCGAUGUGUACGGUCUAGACACCACCGGUCAGAUCAGCACCAUGAUGAAGCUUUGUAAAACGGAACCAAUACUGGUAGGCAAGCUGAGCUAGUCGGGGACUGUUGUUGCUUUUUAGAUUUUACUAGCAGAACACAUCCAUUCCGGAUGUUUAAUCGAAGCGAAAUAAAUCAAAGAUUACUGACGGAUUAGAAGCGAAACUCGUGCAGUUAGUGAGCGUGGCACAAAUUCAAAGCAAGUUAGCGCACUUAUAAAAUGCGGGUACCGUUCGUAGUGCGUAAGAAAUGCAUCGUAAAUGCUUGUUGAGAGGGAGUGUUUUUGGUUUCGUUGCCGCUACCCUUUUCCUAUAUUUUUUUUCUUUUUGCUUAGCGUUAAAUUAAGUCCAAUGUUAGCGGAUAGUUUGUAGGAAAUGUGUUAAUAACUUUUUGCUGGGCAGAUUAGCUUAGAUAUAGGUUCUCUCUUGUUCGUGGGAAUAUAAACAAUACGAAAUAAAUCGAAAAA